GGCAUCCUGGAGCGCCUGGACAGCGGGGAGGUCAUCGUGGGAGAUGGCAGCUUCCUGAUAACGCUGGAGAAGCGGGGCUACGUGAAGGUCGGGCUCUGGACGCCCGAGGCCGUGGUAGAGCACCCGAGUGCAGUUCGCCAGCUGCACACGGAGUUCCUGAGAGCCGGGGCCGACGUCAUGCAGACGUUCACCUUCUCUGCCAGUGAGGAAACCAUGGAAAGCAAGUGGGAAGCCGUCAACGCCGCUGCCUGCGACCUCGCCAGGGAGGUGGCCAGCCAAGGCAAUGCUCUGGUGGCAGGGGGCAUCUGCCAGACCACAGUGUACAGACAGCACAAGGACGAAGCUAGAAUCAAGAAGCUUUUUCAACUACAGAUAGAGGUAUUUGCCAGGAAGAACGUGGACUUCUUGAUCGCAGAGUACUUCGAGCAUGUCGAAGAAGCCGUGUGGGCUGUGCACGUCCUCCGGGCAGCCGGGAAGCCGGUGGCGGUGACCAUGUGCAUCGGGCCAGAGGGGGACAUGCACGGCGUCAGCCCUGGCGAGUGCGCCGUGCGCCUGGUGCAGGCAGGGGCCGACAUCGUGGGGGUGAACUGCCGCUUCGGGCCCUGGACCAGCCUGGAGACCAUGAAACUCAUGAAGGAAGGGCUCCGUGCCGCGGGCCUGCGGGCCCACCUCAUGGUGCAGGCCCUGGGGUUCCACACGCCAGACUGCGGCAAGGGAGGCUUUGUGGACCUGCCCGAGUACCCCUUCGGCCUGGAGCCCAGGGUGGCCACCAGGUGGGACAUCCACAAGUACGCGCGCGAGGCCUACAACCUGGGCGUCCGCUACAUCGGCGGCUGCUGCGGCUUCGAGCCCUACCACAUCAGGGCCAUCGCCGAGGAGCUGGCGCCCGAGAGGGGCUUCUUGCCCGCGGCGUCGGAAAAGCACGGCAGCUGGGGCAGCGGCCUGGACAUGCACACCAAGCCCUGGAUCCGAGCGCGGCCCCGCCAUCACAGAGGGGAUUAGGCUCGGCGUGGGACUUCGGGGCAGGCAAGCUUUCAGACGGUGGCACAGAGGUCCGUGUGUGUCACUUGUGCCUUGAGGUCCACCUGCUGUCAGUGGAGAUCACUGAUGACCCUUCAUGAACACUGAGGAACCCAGAUCACACCACCUGCGCCCGCUCCCCUCAAAUCUGCUUUUCCCAGUUCAGAUUCAGGGUGUUUCUGUGUCUUCUGUCACCCGUGUUUUCAAGGUCUAGCUCUUUCCUAAUCUGUGAGGCAGGACUGGACCAUGGACUCCACCGUGUAGAAUAAGAAGCGAUGUCCUCUGCUUCUCUCCAUUUCUCCGCACUCCCUUCUCUUGUGGACUUGUCCACUUCUCCCUGUCCCAGCACCACGUCUCAGAACCGGCUUGUUCUCCUCUGCAGCUGUAGCUACCUCUCCCAAGCUGUGUCCGUAGGUAGUCAGCAGAGCCCCAGGGUGUCUGCUGUCCCUGUGGAGCUGCUCGGUGGGGACCCCAGCCCCGCCUCCCUGGUCCUGUGGGCAGUGCAGGUCUCCCCCAGUCACUUGCCUUCGCAGUCUCCGUUCUGGGGCUAACAGGGUGAGAUCUAUGGAAAAGUCACAACUCAGAGCAGGUUCUGAGCAUGCUUCUCCCGCUGUCCAGCGGGGCCCCCAGAGAGCCGGUGUGACCCUUCACUCCUUCUUGGGGCUUGCUAGCCACGUCUCUGACCGCCUCACUGCCCGAGUCAGCAAGGGCAUGGAAGAGGGAGGCGGCCUCCCUGCGCCCGCAGGUCCCCGAGUGCCGGGCUCCACUCUGGCUCUCCAGCCCCAGGGGGUUUUCUCUGGCUGCUGCUUGCCCUGCACAGCAGGUGUACCCUGGAGGUACCACUUUCACUCUUCCCAGUGAGUCUCUGGCCCUGAUCCUGGACACCUGCAGGCCGGCUUUGCUACUCUCUUCAGGCUCCGAGCAGCUCCUCUUGUUGUUCACAAAAACCCCAGAAUGUGGCCUGAUCCUGCUGCACACCCCUGCUCAGCACCAAAGCAGAUUUCCCAGGGUGGGCUUCGGUGAGCCACCAGGCAUGGAAGCAUCCACAGCGCUGACAUUCAUAUCGUGGCUUCUGCAUAAAACUUCCCAUGGGAUACCCUGUUGUGUGCAGGGCUUUCUGAACAUUCACUGCAGAACAAGGCAGUGUGCCUGGGACCAUGGGAAAGAGAAAGAAUCGAGUUUCACACAGCUGGAGCCCCGGUCCGCAAUACCAAAGCAUCAAGGUCAAAUAGAUCCUCUCGGGUUUAAUCCGCUGUCCAAAUUCAUGUCUUCAACUUGCUUCCUACUUGGACCUGCUUUCUUUGUACCUCUGGUUUCCAGCAAUGUCAAGUAAUAUUCCUUUUUCAUUGUUGAAAGAAAAGUUGCUAUCUGUUACUCAAUCAUUGUGCUCACUUUGGCAGCACAUAUACUGAAGUCAAUAAUUUCAUUAUUGAAGACAUUUUUCUUGUGGCUCCCUGAGUUAUGGUUCUGUGUGUCUGAUAGCCCACCCCAUGGAUGGAUGGAUGGAUGGAUGGAUGGAUCAUUGAUAGACACAUACAUAGAUGAUAGAGAGAUACAGAGACAGAUGAUCCAUAAUUUAUAGACUGAUUGAUACACAGAUGAUAGAAAUAUAGAUGAUACAUAGGUGAUAGAUACAUAACUGAUAGAUUUGUAGAUACAUAGAUGAUAGGUGACACAGGCAGAUGACAGAUGAGAGACACAAAUGAUAGGUGGAUGAUAAAUAGAUGGUAGAAACAUAGAUGGCAGAUUGAUAGAUACAUAGAUGAUAGACACAAAGGUAGAUGAUAGAUACAUAGGUGAUAGAUACAUAAUUGAUAGAUCUGUAGAUACAUAGAUGAUACAUAACACAGGUAGAUGACAGAUGAGAGACACAAAUAAUAGAGAGGUAGAUGAUAAAUACGAUAGAAACAUAGAUGGUAGAUUGAUAGAUACAUAGAUGAUAAUACAGAUGAUAGCAACACAGAUAGAUAGAUAAUGAUAGAUGGACAGAUGAUUGACAGACACCAUCAGUUCAGUAGCAUCCCCUCCCAUACUCUAGGAAGCAGUCUGACCCGCUGCUUUCUCUCCCUGUGACCAGGGUUUUUAUUCAUUUCAGUGGGAUGUGAAGCAGACUUCCUUUUCAAAUUGGAACAACUUCCCUGUUGUAGAAUUAUUUAGAUUGUAGAAGCAGGGAAGAUAUCAUUUAACCAAACCUCUCUUCUGGGAGAUUUGGGUACUUAUCAUUAGAGAAGAUGUAUUUUAUGGGUAAUGUGCUUAGAAAAUACUAAAUCUACAUAUCAUUAGUGAGGAAAACAAACUUUGGUGGUGAUUAAAACAGCUUAACUAAAUGAGAAAUGGCUUAUUUUAAUUGUCAUCCUCUGGGGCCAUUCUUCAUGAGCCAUUGAAGUUAAGACAUUAUUCUGUCCACUAAAGCAAGACAUUCCUUUUGCCCCAAAUUCUCAGCACUGCUGACACUCGUGGGGAUUCAUGAUCACACAGAAGCCUGUGUCAGCCUCAGAUUUCUAGUAUUUCACCAUUUCCAGAUAUUGAUUUGUUCACCGUUUUGUAAGUAAAGUGGGGAAAACUCUGACGAGCAUUUAACACACAGGUCUGUCACCAGGGUGCUCCUACUCUGUCGAAACAUGAGAACCAAACGCUGACAAAGGAAUUUAUGUUCAGUUCUUUGUUGCUUUUUGACAAACUGCACUUGGUCUUGCUGCAUUAAAAACUGCUUUCCUAUACUUCUCAUUCCAUUAAAAUAUUGAGCCCCGAAGUUUCUGCCAGACAUUUCAGAACGAAGUCAUUCAUAAAGACGUGUAAAAGCGGAGCACACUGCCUUGUUCCCGAGAGGUGGGGUGACACCUCAUGAUUGCUGUGAGGACAGAGACGUGGGAAAGACCCUUUGAACCGAUGGCUGUGCAUGUGGCUUUUCUCUAUCUUGAAACCAAAGUUCUACUUUGGCUUGAUCAUCGAUCAAGCCUUCAAGUGUACGUGUAGCUUUUAAGUUCAUGUGUACACAUGAGAGUACUUCAAACUGUUCAUGGAAAUGCAAGUGGGACGAUAAGUUGGGGCAAGCACCCAGCCUAGCAGUUAGGAUGCCAUGUCCACACUGGGUACCUGGGUUUGACAGCUGGCUCCAGCUUCCUGCUAACAUGGACCCUGAGAGGCAGUGUUGCCGGCUCAAGCACUUGGCUCUCUGCUGCCCAUCAGGGAGACUGAAUUGAGUGUGGAACUCCUGGCUUCCUCAGCCCCCCAGCUGCAGGCAUCUGGGAAGGGAACCAGUGGCUGGGAGUGCUCAUUCCCUCACUCACUCCCUCUCUCCCUGCUUUCCCUACCAAGAGAGCAGGAAGAGAGGGAGGGAGAGGGUGCAUUUUGAUGCAAAGAUCUUGGAAAUCUCUGCAUGGUUUUUUCUUUAUAUGUACUUUCCGUGAGCUGCUUUCAAUAACUCUCCUGUGCAUGGAUUUCACUUUUUUUUUUUUUUUGCACUAAAAUCAACUUACCUUUUAAUUUCAUUCUGUACCAGUUGUUUGAGGUACCUCAUAUAUGACAAAAUGGACUUUAAAAAUAGGCAAGGGGAAUCUAACCCACUACCUGUUUGUGCCAAAAACACAGGGCCAGGCGGGAGUACUGGGAGAACCUGCAGCCAGCCUCGGGCAGGCCCUUCUGUCCUUCUCUGUCCAAGCCGGAUGCCUAAGGAGGGGA